AUGGCGGUGCAGGUGCGCGGUCCCACCCGAGCUGAAGUGGUCAAGCCGGAUUGUUCAGGGGUGACUGAAUGCCAGGUCAACUCGGAAUUCAACAUAAUUACUGGAAAAACGUCCAUUGGAGAAUUAUUUACUUCUCUGGAUGGUUUCUACCUUGGCUUUGAAGAGGUUUUCACCAGAAGGACAGAAUAUGAAGGCAAACAUUCAAAAGCAAAAGAGCAUGUAACUAUCAGCUGA